AUGAAACUGUUAGGAUGAAAUGCCACCAAGAUGCAUUCUAAAGUAUAAUUCCUCUGAAACAAGAAGUCAACUUCAAGCAGAUUGACUUGAAUCGGGAUCUCAUUUGGGAAGCAUUAAGUGUCUAAUACACUGCAUUAUAUUUUUUUUAUUUGGAAAACACUCAAGUUCCAGUGGCUUUAUCAUCCUGUACUUUACUUUCUGAAAACCUGGCAAUCCCAUGUGGACUUCAGGUAGAAUGAGCAAUGCAAAGAGCUGGCUUGGACUUGGCAUGUCCUUGUACUUCUGCGGACUGAUGGACCUUACUACCACCGUUCUCUCCAGCACACCAACACCGCCAGGCAAAUUAGAAGAGCUCCUGUCAGACAAGCCACAGUCACACUCGCGGACAAAGAGGAGCUGGGUUUGGAACCAGUUUUUUGUUCUGGAAGAGUACACUGGAACUGACCCUUUGUAUGUGGGCAAGCUCCAUUCAGACAUGGACAGGGGAGACGGAUCCAUCAAAUACAUCCUCUCCGGAGAAGGCGCAGGUGUUGUGUUUACCAUCGAUGACACCACUGGAGACAUCCACGCCAUUCAGAGGCUCGACAGAGAGGAAAGGGCCCAGUACACUUUAAGGGCUCAAGCCCUAGACAGGAGGACAGGCAGGCCAAUGGAGCCCGAGUCAGAGUUCAUCAUCAAAAUCCAAGACAUCAAUGACAAUGAGCCCAAGUUCCUGGAUGGACCUUAUGUCGCCACUGUGCCAGAAAUGUCACCAGUGGGGACCUCUGUUAUCCAGGUGACAGCCACAGAUGCUGAUGAUCCAACCUACGGCAACAGUGCUCGGGUAGUGUACAGCAUUCUCCAGGGCCAACCAUAUUUUUCUGUGGACUCCAAAACAGGUGUAAUUAGGACAGCACUCAUGAACAUGGACCGAGAAGCCAAAGAAUACUAUGAAGUGAUUAUCCAAGCCAAGGACAUGGGAGGGCAGCUUGGAGGAUUAGCUGGGACCACAACGGUCAACAUCACCCUCUCGGAUGUCAAUGAUAACCCACCCCGCUUUCCCCAGAAACAUUAUCAGAUGAGUGUGUUGGAAUCGGCUCCAGUUAGCUCCACCGUGGGGAGAGUGUUUGCCAAGGACUUGGAUGAAGGAAUCAAUGCAGAGAUGAAGUAUACUAUUGUGGAUGGAGAUGGCGCAGAUACCUUUGACAUUAACACAGAUCCCAAUUUCCAAGUUGGCAUCAUAACUGUGAAGAAGCCCCUGAGUUUUGAAAGCAAGAAAAGCUACACUUUAAAAGUGGAGGGAGCCAAUCCACACCUGGAGAUGCGUUUUCUGAACCUGGGCCCAUUUCAGGACACAACCACAGUGCACAUCAGUGUGGAAGAUGUGGAUGAGCCCCCUGUAUUUGAACCUGGCUUUUAUUUUGUGGAGGUUCCAGAGGAUGUGGCGAUUGGAACGACCAUACAGAUCAUUUCUGCCAAGGACCCGGAUGUGACCAACAACUCAAUCAGAUAUUCCAUUGACAGAAGCAGUGACCCUGGAAGAUUCUUCUAUGUUGACAUUACAACAGGUGCCCUAAUGACGGCAAGACCCCUUGACCGGGAAGAGUUUUCCUGGCAUAAUAUCACUGUCCUUGCUAUGGAAAUGAACAAUCCUUCCCAAGUUGGAAGUGUUUCUGUCACAAUCAAAGUCCUGGAUGUGAAUGACAAUGCUCCAGAGUUCCCCAGAUUCUAUGAAGCUUUUGUCUGUGAGAACGCCAAAGCAGGGCAGCUGAUCCAGACAGUGAGUGCAGUGGACCAAGACGACCCACGCAAUGGUCAGCACUUCUACUACAGGUUGGCUCCCGAGGCUGCUAAUAACCCCAACUUCACCAUAAGGGACAACCAAGAUAACACUGCCCGGAUUCUAACCAGGAGGUCCGGCUUCCGGCAGCAGGAGCAGAGUGUCUUUUACCUGCCUGUCCUAAUAUCAGACAACGGGCAGCCAGUGCUGAGCAGCACGGGCACGCUGACUAUCCAGGUGUGCAGCUGUGAUGAUGAUGGCCACGUCCUGUCCUGCAGCCCCGAGGCCUACAUGCUCCCAGUCAGUUUGAGCCGGGGCGCCCUCAUCGCCAUUCUGGCCUGCAUCUUUGUCCUCUUAGUGCUGGUGCUGCUCAUCCUGUCCAUGAGGAGGCACCGGAAACAGCCCUACAUCAUCGACGACGAGGAGAACAUCCACGAGAACAUCGUCCGCUACGACGACGAGGGCGGCGGCGAGGAGGACACCGAGGCCUUCGACAUCGCGGCCAUGUGGAACCCCCGGGAGGCGCAGGCGGGCGGCGCCCCCAAGUCGCGGCAGGACAUGCUGCCCGAGAUCGAGAGCCUCUCCCGCUAUGUGCCUCAGACGUGCGCCGUGAACAGCAGCGUCCACAACUACGUGCUGGCCAAGCUCUACGAGGCCGACAUGGACCUGUGGGCCCCGCCCUUCGACUCCCUCCAGACGUACAUGUUCGAGGGGGACGGCUCGGUGGCGGGGUCGCUGAGCUCCCUGCAGUCGGCCACCUCAGACUCGGAGCAGAGCUUCGACUUCCUGACGGACUGGGGGCCCCGCUUCCGGAAGCUGGCGGAGCUCUACGGGGCAUCGGAGGGGCCCGUGCCCCUGUGGUGACGGAAGCCGGGAGGCAGGCGCGUGUCCAAACCUAGACGUUCUCAGCGGCUGCUUCGCGGCCGAGGCGCAGUCAACCGCGCGAGCAGUGCUGUGCUGGAGAGUGAGAAUGGGGGUGAGCGGGCGAACAGAGCUCUCUCUGGAUCAGCUUUACUUGGUUAGAUUAAGUUAAGUAAUC